AUGUGUGAAAGAGAGAUAAAGUGUCGUUUGCUUAGUGCAACUUACUACUGCAACAUGUACUGCUCCAUACUGCUGAUGAUGUGCAUGAGUGUGGACAGGCUGCUGGCCGUGGCGUUUCCCAUCGCCUCUCUGACCUGGAGGAGCACAAGGAAAGCCAGAUGUGUAUGUGUGCUGGUCUGGCUGCUGGCGCUUGCUGGCAUAGCACCACUUCUUGCAUUGAGACAAACAUUCCGUUUCAAGAAUCUGGGAGUCACCUGCUUUGACUUGUUGGACGACGACUCUUCAAUGAUGUUAUACUUAUCCGUGUUCUUAAUCAUCCCCUGCAUCUACUUCUUCCUGCCGCUAGUCGUCAUCUUAGUAAGCUACUCUACUAUCAUAUAUGUGCUCUGUGCCAAACAUGAUCACUCAGCAACUUCACCAUCUUCUUCAGACAACCGAAAGAGGGCUGCGAUUAUGGCUACUGCUGUGUUGACUGAGUUUGUAGUGUGCUUUGCACCAUCUAAUGGCUUCCUGUUGUACCACUGUGUUUGUAUAGCCAUGGGAAGCAGUGGGUUGGAUACCUAUUUGGCUUACCUGUUGGCUGUGUGUUUGGGAAGCUCAAGUGUUUUUCUGGACCCUCUGCUGUACUACUACGGCUCGACUCAGUACAGACAGCAGAUCUGCUCUCUGUUUUAG